AGCGGAAGUGUAUAAACUGCUUGUCAUGCUGACAACUUUGAUUCGAAAUUCUAGGUAACCUCCUUGUCAUCAAGAAGAUCGGGAAGAAACAAUAGUCAGGUGCACGCGGAGCCGUCCCACCCUGGUCUGCGAGUAUCUUAGCCCAGCUGGUUUCAUCGUAACUAUAGUAAUCCCAAACAGGCAUGGACCGUUUGCUAAGGCUCGGUGGCGGUAUGCCAGGUCUUGGACAGGGAGCUCCACCCACUGAUGCACCUGUGGUAGAUACAGCUGAACAAGUCUAUAUUUCCUCAUUGGCUCUUCUCAAGAUGUUGAAACACGGCCGAGCAGGUGUCCCUAUGGAGGUGAUGGGUUUAAUGUUGGGAGAGUUUGUGGAUGAUUACACAGUGCGGGUUAUAGAUGUGUUUGCCAUGCCGCAGUCAGGCACAGGCGUGAGUGUGGAGGCUGUAGACCCUGUGUUCCAGGCUAAGAUGUUGGACAUGUUAAAACAGACAGGCAGGCCUGAGAUGGUGGUAGGCUGGUACCACUCUCACCCUGGCUUUGGCUGCUGGUUGUCAGGCGUGGACAUCAACACACAGCAGAGUUUCGAGGCUUUGUCAGAGAGGGCUGUAGCCGUUGUGGUCGACCCAAUACAGAGUGUCAAGGGAAAAGUGGUGAUAGAUGCAUUUCGAUUGAUAAACCCCAACAUGAUGGUCCUGGGGCAGGAACCAAGACAAACCACCUCAAAUCUAGGCCACUUAAAUAAACCCUCAAUCCAGGCUCUUAUACAUGGUCUGAACAGGCAUUAUUACUCAAUUGCAAUAAACUACAGGAAAAAUGAACUAGAACAGAAGAUGUUGCUGAACCUACACAAGAAGAGCUGGGUGGAUGGUCUCAUGCUACAGGACUACAAUGACCAUUGCCAGACUAAUGAGAAGGUUGUCAAGGAGAUGCUGGAGCUGGCCAAAAACUACAACAAGGCUUUAGAAGAUGAAGAAACGAUGACACCAGAGCAGCUAGCCAUCAAGAAUGUGGGCAAACAGGACCCUAAGAGACAUCUGGAAGAACAUGUGGACGUGCUGAUGACAUCAAAUAUAGUGCAGUGUUUGGGGGCCAUGCUGCAUACUGUAGUGUUCAAAUAACACAGUGCUGACUUACAUGUACUGUUAAUCUCAGCUCAGCUUGGCUGUCGUUAACAUCAGCAGGUCUGUGUGCUGAAAAUAACCCUGUCCCAAGUUUGGCCAUGUUGUGUUCAUUUCAGAAAUAUUAAACAUCCAUUCUCCCUUUCUCAUUUGGUUUUUUUGCAAGAACAAGACCUCAGAGAUCUUAUUUUUACUGGCAUGACAGGAGAGGAGAAUGUGCCGGUGUGCACUUGGGACAAGGUUGUUUUAACCCUUUCCAGACUGAAUAUAUUGAAUAUGUAAAUAACAAAUAUGCCACAUUUGUAUGACUGAAGUAUUUAAGGUCUUCUCUUUACAAACGUACGUAUUUCACAAAAUUGAAUUAAAAUGCAUUUUUCAAGGUGUGGAGAUGAAAUUAUUAAUUAUAAAGUGCUUUUUUUCAGCACAGACAUUGUCAUGUUUUCAAACAUGCAAACAUUUUGCUAUUUAUUUUCUCUUAGAAUUAUUUGAAUCCUAAUGUAAAUGUGCAAACUUACAAAAGUUAUGGAUUUUGCGCAGCGGUGUACUUAUAUCUGUCAUAUGAUUUUUGUGCCUGAUUUCAGGUUUACUUUCAAUAAACACAAUUAAAAUACACCAGUAAGAAGGCCUGACACACAGACUAUGAGUGAUACAGCUCUAUCUGUUGUAUAGAAUACUUAGGGGUUGCCAUGGAAACGCAAGAGAAGAAAUUGUCCUAAAAGUCAUGAAAUUUGAGAAGCAGUGUAAAUAAAUGCAAAUAAACUAGAUCAUUCAAAUA